AUGGUUUUCAGACCAUGGAGGAAAUACUUGAUGGCUGUAUGGGCAGUGUUGGAAUGCAUGUUGUUUGGAGGCCUGGUGUACGGAUGGGGCUCUCUGGUAUUUGUUCUCAAGAAAGAGGGGAUUUACGCCGAGCUCUGUUUUCACAGGGGAGACAACUCCUCCAACAUCACCACACCAGCAGAAAAUAUGACGUCUGGAGUGAUCAGCUGUCCAGAGCAAGACGAGAAGUUACAGUUGGCCUUCACCGUGGGAACGACCUUGAUGACCUUCUCUUCACCACUUAUGGGUCACAUCCAGUACACGUUUGGGACACGAAUGGCCAGAAUCGUUUUAAUGUGUUUCUUCUUGUGUGGGAGUCUGGUGACUGCCUUCCUUAACACCUCCACCCCCUGGCUGAUGUACAUAGGCUUGUCUUGUCUGGCUAUCGGUGGCCUGCCUGUCCUCGUCACCAAUAUACAGGUGGCUAACCUGUUUGCUGUGGGAGGAUCCACAGUGGUGGGAUUGCUGUCAGGGUCAUUUGAUGCUUCAGCUGCUGUCCAGUUGGUGGUCAAGAUUGCCUACGAAAAUGGCAUUUCCCGACAGUAUUCCUACUUGUUCAUCUCUGCCUUGCACGUCAUGGUCAUCUUCAGUACAUUUGUACUGCUUCCUAAAACCUUCAUCCCCAAAGUGGAGCCUGACAAUAGUGACCUUGAUGAGGCAGAGGAGGCAGUCAGAGCCCUUAAUGGAAACGGUACACUAGCCCUUGAAGCAGAAGAGCUUCCGCUGAGAGAUGUGAAGCCAAGCCUUCUGAACUGUACGCUAUCUCGGGUCUUCCUCUCUCACGUGUUCUGGCUGAGUGUAUUACAGCUACGCUUUUAUUACUUCAUCGGUACACUGAACCCCUGGCUGAACUACAUCACAAAUCAGGAGGAGAGCUUAGUGAGCCACUACACAAAUGUCAGCUUGUUCAUCCAGCUGGGUGGUGUGUUUACCUCCCUUUUUGGUGGCUUCAUAUUUGACCUGGAGAGAACACGAAACAACGGUAAACCAUCUAUCACAGAGCGCCAUCUGCAGCCAUCUGUUGUGCCCUUGACCUUGACCUCUUGCCUUGCCCUGCUUCUGUCCUGUCUGGUCCUUGUUCCCUCUGCAGAGGUCCUGUAUGUCGACUUCAUCGUCCUCACUUUCUUCAGGUCCUUCAUGUACGGGACAGCAGCUGCCUAUAUACAAAUGGUCUUUCCUGCAGACUACUUUGGGUUUCUAUAUGGUGUGAUGAUAGUGAUCAGUGGAGUGGUUGGGUGUUUGCAGUACCCUCUCUUUAUCUGGCUAGAAUCACCCCCAAAAGGACCCCAGAAGGUGAAUAUUUUCCUGCUGGUACUAAUGCUUGUCUCCUUGAUACACCCGAUCCACAUCUGGCUUACCUGUCGUUCUGCAGGCAAGAAACGUGGUGCCAACAGUAGUGCCGAGUCGGAGUAUGUGUUCAUUGCAAAAGGAACCAAGUGCUUGUGAGAGACAUCUUCAUAGUCUACACAUCUUCAUAGUCUACAUUCAUGCAUUUCAGUGAUUUAGAGUAAUCAGUGAAUAUCUAGGAUACAUGCUGUAGCCUUCUUGGAGAAGGUCGGAAAGGUACUCUAUCCUUCACUUAGAAAUGUCAAUGCUACAAGAUGUGUAAUUGCCCAAGACAUGACUUAUGUUCGUCUUUACUUUUGAUGUUGGAAAUCAAGACAUGUACUGUACAGAUUUGGGACCCAGAUUUUGACAGGUCAGAUGGCUGAGUGGACUGGUAUAUCAACUAUUAAAGAAUAUUCUAUGUAAGUAUGUACACGUAGAUGUAGUCCUGAUAAAUGAGCUGAGAGUUUGUAUUCUAUACAAGUAUAGUGACAUGGAGCGAAAGAGACAAUUGUGGACAGCUCAAAGUGCUUUUUUUUCGAAAAGAAUUUGUUAUGUGGUUCAUGAUAAUUUUAUAGAAUCCUUUUAUUGGCUUUAAACUGUCGAACCCAAUUCGAUACUGGUGGUGGAUAAUUUCUUUACAGAAGAUGCAUAGGUUACAUUGGUACAAUUGACCAUCAGAUGCAAUGCCUCCCUUGUCACAUAUAUGCAGUUGCUCCCUACUUAACUCUGUUUACACUACUUACAUGCACUACUUUUCAUUUCUGUUGUAUGAGUUUGUUAUAUAUUUUAAAAGAUAGUACAUUCUAGGACCAUGACAGUGACAAACCUUCAUAUACUGACUUCCCUUGUUUGAGUUUAUACUGAUGUCCCAUGAUCUUCAGCCAACAUGUAUGAUACUGUGAAUAGGUUGAGUUUGUAACAUCCUUAGAAUUCAUAAACGAAAUAAUAUAAGGUGCAGUACACAUACUGAGAGUUUUAACAGUGUUGUCCUCUUUGUUGUAACAACCAGAAUUGUUUCACAGGAUUUCAUAAUGUGUGAUUAGCAAAGGGCUAGUAUUAACAAUGUACUGUAGACUCCCUGUCAUAGCUGGUGUAUUAAAAGCACUCAACAUUGAAUGGAAUGCAUACUAGUAUAUUUACUCAGAUGUCAAUAUCCUCAUGACAAAUAAUAUUCAUAUGGCAAAAAGCCAUAAUAAUUUGUGCUCAUAUUGCCCUUAUCUACAGUCUACAUCAUAAAUAACUUUUAGUUUUACAUUGGAAAAAUUACCAGCUGAGUUAAAGAAUCUAAAAAUUACCACUUGUGGACAUGACUCUUUAAACUAUUAAAGUGACUCAUAUAAUCUUAGAAUCAAAAAAAUGGCCUUAUAUAUGUGGGCCCAUGGUUAAGUGUGCAUAUAUGUAUUUUAGUUUCCAUUACAAGGCCUUGAACUAAAUAGUGUCUACAUAGUAUUGUCGGAAUAUGGCUGUGAUGUGACAUGGGGCCAUUGAUAUUCAUUCAUUAUGAUCUAUUAUUGUAAAAUUUAGUUACAAUACAUAUAUAAUCAUAAUGCAGCCGUGUAUUUACUUUGACAUUUGUAUUUACUUUAUUUUUUAUGUCUCUCCAUUAUUUCUCAUAAUACAGGUUUUAUAUUUGCAUUUGUCAUUAACAGUUGGACACAAUAAUUUACUUAAUGAUAUUUAUUGGAUGAUUUUUUCUUUUGAAUGUUAAAUUUAAAUGUUUUUAUGUAGGCCUAACCAAAGAAUUGUAUUACUUAGUUCCUCAUUACAAAAAGUUUUUGACAUUCAGUGAAAAGUUAUUUUACUGUAACACUUAACACCAGCAGUGUCAUCAAGCUUGUAUGAAGACUCUGAAUUGUUGGUAUACAUACAGUAUUUGGUCUAGUAUAAGAUGCACAUACAUUUAUUGUUAAAUUAGAUUUGCUACCCUGUGGCGAAUUAUAUCAAACAAAACUCUGAAGCUCCUCUAGAAUUCAGUUACCAUGUUAAUUUUGCAGAUGACGUUAGAUCUGUGAUAUAUGUAGAUGGGUAUGUUCGUUUCAGGGUAUGAUUUCUGGAAAGAGAAUUUCCAUGUUUGUUUUUACUAACAUUGAUCAGGACAUGUUAUGUUUUUGGCAUUGGUGGAUAUUUAGUGGUUUAUCAGUGCAACAGGUUUGAACUAAAUCAUGAUAUUUGAAGAAAGACUUUUUCUUAUGCCUUUUUGUUUUGGUGCAUGUGUGUGUUUCAGUUUUUGUGCUCGGUGUAGCAGUUGAUUUUUUGUAUUAGUAACCUACACAAGAUGUUGGUAUAUGGAGUUUUGGGAUUAGUGGCCUUCACAAGAUGUUGGAACAUGUAGUUUCUGGUUUUAUGGUUUUUCCAGUGUAGGUUAUGUACAUGUGUGUGCAUCCAUUUCCUAAUAUUUUGUGCUUGUUGAUUCUCAUUUUCUCUUUUGUACCCUUAUGCAGAACUUUACUCCAGUUUUAUGAAUGAAAGUAUUUUUAUACUGAAUAAAACUUAUGUUGU